AGGGCAAGCGUGACACAAAACACGUCAUUUCCGAGAAGAACUUCCUAGGAACUAACGUACAGAUCUCAACAUGGGAUUUACUUUGUCGUGAAGAAAAGUCAUUUCGACUGGAUUAGGCCUUUUUACUUAAAUAUUUAAUAUGUGAAUGUUGGAUACAAACUCUGUGGUAAUAAUAAUGCGGAUAUUGAUCUGUCUCAUCGUCUUGGUCUUUAUCCCGAGGUCCGCCUCACAAGCUGUGAGUCAGCCAUCUUUUAGUCAUCCUUCUCCGGCUAAUUUGUCUAUUCUCUGCGACAACUAUGGAGUUGAAAUACGAUGGGACUAUCCUGACACCAGACACGGUGUGAGCUUCCAGGUGGAGGUCAAUGAUCAACUCAAACAGAGGAAACGUGAUGAGACGACAAAUCGAUUUCUAAACAUAUCCAGAUUGCUGUCUCGAGCAGCGUAUAAUGACUAUAAUGUGACUGUGAAGGCAUUAUGGAACGAACAUAGGUUAAUAUCGUCCUCGUCAAUUCAAUUCACCUUCAAUCAACAUGGAAGCAGCAAAAUUAAGUGCCGUUUGGAUUUCCCAGAAGUUAAACUUUCUCCAAGAAACAACAAACUUCACGUCCAGUUCAUCAACCCUCUGCAUCUGUACAGAAACACACCGGUGCUGGGCAACCUCACUGAACAUCUGACAUACUUUAUCACAACAGACACGGAUUCAAAAGAGUUCACCUGUAAAAUAAAUAACAGAACUUGCGAGGCGUACAUGAGCUUUCCUGAGAUCCAAGACCGUUACUGCGUUUAUCUGGAUGGAGAUAUUGGACAGAUAAGCUUCAAUAACAUAAGAAGCUGUUACACAGGAGAAUUAAGAGACUAUCCUCCAACCACAGUGUUUCUGUAUUCGCUGCUGGGAGUCUGUGUGACGCUGCUGGUCAUUACCGGCAUCAUUUUGCUGCUUGUGAAGAAAUGCAAUGCAGAAAUUAAGAAAAAAGCUUCCUCUGCAUUUCCAGCGUUCCUGGAGGACAUGAAAUCGUCCAAUCGCAAUCCACUGGAGAACAAGCCGGAGAACGUGUUCAGCACUGUCCUGAUAGAACCAGCUGACCCCAAACCCAAAGAACAAGCACUGUUACUGGAGGACAGCAAUGAGCUAGAGCAGCUCUAUGGAUCUACAGAUGUGGAAAACACUGACACGGACACUAAAAGCACGACUGCGGGCAGCGUUAUUUUAGACGAUGAGCUGGACGAACUGCAGGAUGGAUACGACUGUCCACAUGCGCUCAAAGUGGAGAUAGAUAAUGGAGAUAUUGUAGACGCUUACGGACCCCGAGGUGAAGUUUUAGACCUUUAGAAGUAAAGAGAAAGCACCGGAAGGACUGUAAAAUCCCCUGGAUAUUCCGGGAAGGUUAACAUGGGUUGGGAUUGUUCACACAAACAAACAAAAGCCCUGAUCUGGAAUCACAGAGUGGAAUUUCCCAGGUGUUUACCUGCUGAAUGGAAAAACUUUUUAAUGUUUGUUGUCGCCGCUGACACUCCUUUUGUUUGAAUCAAAUGCUGUUAUGUUUGAUCAGAGUUUCGUCAUGUGUACAGUUGAAGACUCUAUUAUUUGACUUUCAAUUCUCUUUUAAAUAUUCCCCGAGUGCUCUUUUAACAGAUUUUAAAUCAACAUUUUUAACUAUAGCAGCUUUAAUAACUCAUUUCAAAUCAGUAUUUUUGUCUUGGCCAUGAUGACUACGUAAUAUUUUUCUAAUAGGCCUGUCAGGAUACAUUUAAAUGCUUAACAUAAUUCAUUUUACAAGCAUUCAACUUGAAGUGCAAUUUAAAGGCUAAACUAGAAUAAUUAGACUAAUUAUUUUGUAGCCAAUCAAUCC